UUGUAUAAUCUUUCCCUUAGAACGAACAACGAUUCAUUAAGAUCAAACCGAAACCAGGGCGUUGUUCAUUGCCAUUUCUGCCACCUUAAUUAAUCUGCAACCAUGUUGUUUACUCGUUCAUGGCCGUUCAGUGGAAGCAGUUUGCAGAAGCUUUGAAUUGCCUUUUUUAUUUAGCAGCUCAAGUUCCCAAAAACGGUUACAGACGCAGAAGAAGAACUAAGCUGACGCAACUCUAGCUCGUGUAUGGUCGAAAUCAAGCGCCAACGCAGCGUACAUUUUAGUCGUCGAACCAUGAUUUUGAAGUGGGGGUUCCCCUCAUUGGCGCUUCACCAGCUUACGAGAACGCCAAUGUCCGCGAAAUGUGAAGGUCUUGGAAUUGUAGAUGUUUUAUCUGAUGGAAACUGUGGUGGUUUCCCUUCGUUUCUUCCUAAAGAGGUCGGUAAAAUCAAAGAUCCAUUUGCUAGAACCAUGGCUCGCAAAAUCGAGAGGCUACCGAUCACAUUAUCAGAAACUCGCCUUAUGAGCAGCUGUGUUAAACCAGUAAUAAGAAGCAAGAAGAGUCCAGUGGUUCUACUCCAUUGCUUUGACAGUUCUUGUUUGGAAUGGAGUUAUGCGUUUCCUCUUCUUGAAGAGGCUGGACUAGAAACGUGGGCUGUUGAUGUUCUUGGAUGGGGCUUUUCUGACUUGGAUAGUCUUCCUCCAUGUAAUGUGCAAACGAAGCGCUCUCAUCUGUACCAGUUUUGGAAGUCCUACAUCAAGAGGCCAAUGGUGUUAGUUGGACCAAGCCUUGGUGCAGCUGUUGCACUUGACUUUGCAGUUAAUCAUCCGGAAGCUGUGGAAAAGCUGGUUUUGAUCAAUGCUUGUGUGUAUAGCAACUGCACUGGGCAUCCUACAAAGCUGCCGAAAGUGGUAGCAUAUGCUGGGGUUUCUUUGUUGAAAAGCAUCCCGUUGCGCCUCUUAGCAAAUAAGCUAACCUUCAAUGAACUUUCACUUGCUCGAAAUUUAGAAUGGACGAAUGUUGGCCGUUUACAUUGUCUAUUGCCUUGGUGGGAAGAUGCAACUGUUAAUUUUAUGUACAGUGGAGGCUACAAUGUAAUUUCUCUGAUUAAACAGGUCAAGCACAGAGCACUCAUCAUUGCAGGCGAAGAUGACAGAAUUAUUCGCUAUAAAGAUGCAGUGAGGCUGCACUGUGAACUACCAAAUGCAAUAAUGCGAAUAAUAACAGACAGUGGUCAUCUGCCCCAUGUUGACAGUCCUGCUUCUGUUUCAAAGCUUGUUACAGAGUUUGUAUUUCAUGAUUCCUGCUAGGAAUUCACCAUCUAUAUAUAUAUAUAUAUAUAUACACAUAUAUAUACACAUAUUAUCUUAUUUUAUAAGAUUAGUCAUGAGAACUAUUGUACAUAAUCUUUAGAAAAACUACAAUUAAUUGAUUA